CGCCGCGCCUCGCACCGCCCGCUCGCCGGCUCCAAGCCUCCCGCCUCGAUACAUCAGCUCAGCUCACCACCCACCCAUGGGCCAUGGCUCAAUUCGCAGCUGUGCCAGCCAUGGCCCCAAGGCGCAACCGCCGCGGCCAGCGCAGCCGCGUGGGCCCUCCAAAUCGGGCACCAUCGCCGCGGCCGAAGCUUGCCGGGUUAUCAUCGCUGCCAGUAGAGCAGCCCCAGGAUUGGAACGACCAAGGCCAUCCCGAGGUGAGACCAUCCGACCUGGCUCGUCGAUUUAUCCGUCGAAAACCGUGGUUGCAUCCAUGGCCCCUUCGCAGAGUUUUCCCCUAUCUGCCAGCCAAGUAGGUCAGUAUGUAGGAAUUAUUCCCCGCCCGAGCUUAUAAAUUGGAUCGGAAUGCGCUGAUGAUCAGCAUUACCAUUUCUGUCUCAAGAAUCAGUGAGCUAGUUGAGCAGAGAGGAGUGAGAUGGAGGCGGCGGCACUGAGUGUGGGCAGGUCGGUGCUGGAUGCUACGCUCAGCUACGCCAGGUCCGCUGUUGCGGAGGAGGUUGCUUUGCAGCUUCACAUCCGGCGUGACUAUGCUUUCGUCAGGGACGAGCUGGAGAUGAUGCGGUCUUUCCUGAUGGCGGCGCACAAGGAGCAAGAAGAUAACGACAGGGUGCUCAAGACCUGGGUCAAGCAAGUCCGCGAUGUCACCUACGACGUCGAGGACUGCAUCCAGGAUUUCUCCGUGCAUCUGCACAAGCCAUCAGGGUGGCCCCUCGCUAGGAUUCUGCUGCAGCGGCGGCGAAUCGCCAAGAAGAUGAAGGAGCUGAGAGAAAGGGUUGAAGACGUGAGCCAGAGAAAUAUGCGUUACCAGCUCUUCAAGGGUGCUGCCCCCAAUCCUGCCACCGCUGCUGGGCAGUCUAGCACCACUGCUGCUUCCAUGUUCGGCAUCGACGAAGCAAGGCAUGUUGCGAGGCAGCAAAAGUCAAGAGCAGAUCUUGUCCACCUCAUCAUCAACCAGGACGAGGCUCUUGGAGUGAUUGCAGUGUGGGGAGAAAAUGGUGAUCUUGGACAGAUGUCCAUCAUUCGAGCUGCCUACGAAAAUGUGGAUGUCAAAAGCAAAUUCCCAUGCCGAGCAUGGGUCAGGGUGACGGACCCUUUCAAUCCGAAGGACUUUGUGCAGAGCAUGGUGAAGCAGUUUGACUCAGCUGUAGGAGUUAAUGUCCUGUUGGACACAGAGUCUACUCUGUUGGAGGCGGAGAACGAGCAGUUGGUUGGGGAGUUCAAUCGUUAUGUGAAUGAGAAUAGUUACCUGAUUGUGCUUAAUAAUGUGUCCACAAUCGAGCAGUGGGAUCAGAUUAAAGUAUGCUUCCCAAACAACAUGAGAGGGAGCCGCAUCAUAGUGUCGACAACACAAGUUGAAGUUGCAAGCCUAUGUCCAGGUCAAGAAACCCAAGUAUUAGAGCUCAGCCAAUUGUCUGCGGAUCAAACUCUUUAUGCAUUCUAUGAGAAGGGUUCUCAAGAUGCAGUGGAAUCGAUUACAGCAAGUCCUAGCUCAAACGCAGGCACAACUAGUUCUAACAACUCCACAUUAUCCACUUCUGAGAUGUCAGAAAUUCAACCUGAAGGUGCCGAUGGAAGUAAUGCUGCUAGAAAUAGCCGUAUUAACAUUGUGACAAAUUAUUUGGACAAACCUCAGCUCAUUGGCCGCGAUCAGGAAAAAUCUGAUAUCAUUGAAUUAAUUUUAAAUCAAGCAGGCCAAGACCUUCCAGUGAUUUCAGUGUGGGGAAUGGGUGGUGUUGGGAAAACCACUCUGGUCAAAGAUGCAUACCAAAGCCAAAAUCUUAGCAGCAUGUUUGAGAGACGUGCUUUUGUCACAGUGAAGCAUCCGUUCAUUCUCGAAGAGCUUCUUAAGAGCCUAGUUAUGCAACUUGAUGCAGAAACUUCUAAAAAAAGGAGUUUGGUUCAUUUUGGGGGUAGCACAAGAAAAUCAUUAGCAAUGAUGGGAGUUGAAGAAUUGAUUGCAGAGUUGGCUACGCUUUUAGAAAGAAAGAGGUGCUUGAUUGUUCUUGAUGAUUUGUCAUCUACUGUGAUGUGGGAUUUGACAAUACGGAGCUUCCCUCAAUUGGAGAAUACAAGCAGGAUAAUAGUUACCACAAGGGAAGAGAAAAUUGCAAGGCAUUGCUCAAAGAAACAAGAAAAUGUAUACAAGCUCAAAGUUUUACAACACAAGGAUGCACUUGACCUGUUCACGAAAAAGGUAUACAAGGAGACAACAGAUUUGGAUAAUCAUCCUGAAUUAAUUGACGAGGCGAAAGUGAUCCUUAAGAAGUGCGAAGGGCUUCCCCUUGCAUUAAUUACCAUAGGUGGCUUCUUGGCAAACCAACCAAAAACACUUGUGGAGUGGAGAAAAUUGAAUAAGCAUCUCAGUACUGAACUGGAUAUGAACCCGGAGCUUGAGCCCAUAAAGUCAAUCCUUAGGAAGAGUUAUGAUGGUUUACCAGAUCAUCUCAAGUCUUGUUUCUUGUAUCUGUCCAUAUUCCCGGCAGAUCACAAGGUUAACCGGAGACGUUUAGAGCGGCGUUGGGUUGCAGAAGGUUACUCCAGGGACAUUUGUGGCAAGUCUAUGGAGGAAGUAGCCAGCAACUAUUUCAUGGAACUAAUAGAUAGGAGCAUGAUACUGCCCUCUCAACAAUCAGUUUACAGCAGAAAAAAAAUUGACUCUUGUCAUGUACAUGAUCUCAUGCAUGAAAUUGGCAUCUCAAAGUCACUGGAGGAAAAUCUUAUUUUUAGACUGGAGGAAGGCUGCAGCUCAAACACCCAAGGCAUGUUUCGCCACCUUGCCGUAAGCAGUAACUGGAAGGGAGAUAAGAGUGAGUUUGAGACCAUUGUGGACCUAUCACGUAUACGGUCAUUGACAGUAUUUGGGACGGUUAAGCCAUUUUUCAUUUCAGAGAAGAUGAGGCUUCUGCGGGUGCUGGACUUGGAAGGCACAGAAGGUCUGGUUGAUCAUCACCUUGAGCAAAUCAGCGAGCUUUAUCACCUAAAAUAUCUUUCUCUAAGAGGAUGUGGUGAUAUCUAUUACCUGCCAGAUUCGUUUGGUAACCUGAGGCAACUCCAAACAUUGGAUAUUGCAUUCACAAAAGUGAGGAAGCUACCAAAGACAAUCACCGGACUCACAAAGCUACAGAACUUUUGUGCUGGGACUGUUGGAGUUAGCGAGGCUGAACAAUUCAAGGAAACUGUAAAAGAUGCGCCAAAGCUAUUGGGAAACCAGCCAUGCGUUUUGGCUGUAUGCUCACUGGCCUGUUCUGUAGCAUGGUGUGCACCUCAGCUUUUGAAAAGGAGACUCAACUUCGAUGGCGAACCAAACAGGCACGAUGUGUGCACUGUCUGUUGUUGCUCCCUGCUACCUCUUCUGGCAACACGCGGAAGUGUAUGUGGUGUUCAGCUGCCAAAAGGGAUCCGAAAACUGAAGGCCCUGCAAACAUUGGGUCUUGUGAACCUUGCGCAGGGGAAGAAGAUCCUGCGUGACAUAAAGAGGCUUACCCGGCUGCGGAAGUUAGCAGUGACAGGCAUCAGCCGAAGAAAUGCUCAAGAGUUAUGGUCAGCUAUUGCCAACCUUAGCUGCCUGGAAUCAUUGCUGCUGCGGGCAGAGGGGGACAUGGGCUUACUUGGCUGCUUAAUAUUUGGCACACAGUCACCGCCAAGAAAUCUACAGAGCCUCAAGUUGUACGGCACUGUGUGGGAAUUGCCGUCAUGGAUCGAAGGGCUCCAGAAUCUUGUGAAACUGACGCUAAGGAGCACAGGGUUAGUUGAUGUUAGUGCCGCCAUCGAAGCCCUUGGGAAGCUACCAAACCUGGCGAUUCUGCGUCUGAGGAGGGAUUCGUUCGUGGGCCAUGAGCUCCGGUUCAGUUUCCAUGGGGACGCAUUGGCGUUCCCAAACCUGACGCUGAUGGAGUUCGAUCGCCCACGCAAGCUGCAAUCGGUGGAGUUUAAAGAAGGAGCAAUGCCUAAGCUUGAGCUGCUGGAAUUUUGUGCGCGGACUCAGGAAGCACGCGUUGGGCUGUUGACAGGGCUCCCACACCUCACAAGCCUCAAGGAAUUUACGCUCAGUGGCAAUGGGUACGGCAGUGACAUUGUGGAAGACUUGCGGACACAGGUUGAAACGAACCCGAAUCGACCCAUUUUCAAGUGGACUGCACGUAGUGCAGCACCAGAGGAGGCAGGCCACCAUCAAUCCAACUCCCUUCAGCAAAGCUAGCAGCAGGUGCUGUUAAUUUCCUUUUAAUCGUUUAUGUGUUUAUGUUUGGCGUGGCACUAGUGUGCGUGUGGCUGAAGAGGAAAGCAUUAGCCGUCUGUUCUUUGAAUGUAAUUGCGAAACAACUUUGGAUGGAGCUGUCUGAGUUAGCAGAUACAUACGCCCCCUUUUACAAGCUUUGAGAA